AUGCCGAGCGUUCCCAGUGAGACCAUUGGUGCGCUGGCGGUCAGCGAAAGUUCGCUGGAUAGUGGCACUGACGGCACUGGCACUGGAAACAGUCACAGUAUGACAGAUUCAGUGAGGUGUGAUUUGUUGGCAGACUGCACUGCUGAAUGGUUGUCCUCCAUGGAAGCUCUGCGAAAAGACCUGGUUCGUUCCGUCCCAGCGCACUGUGCAUUGCAUUGCUUUGGUGCUGCGUUACGGGGACAGAUGGGACAGAGCGCGAGCAAGAUGAGCCUCUAUGGAAUGAGCAAGGAAACUGAUAUCAUUGAUGAGUUUUGGUCGCAUUCUUGGCACUCAGAACCUUGGAAGAAGGUUCUGUGCUUGUUGUUUCUGAAGAACGGGGUGGCCGCAGCUGUAGCUGGCACGGUUGCAUGUUUGGUGGGAUGCGCAUUGACCAUCGACGGGUCUCUGCCCAACGGCGUGCCGUUCGAGGGAAUUUCACUGUGGGGCACAGCGUUGGGGAUCUUUUCCUACCUCCUGACGCUUCUUCUGUGGCGACCCUGGAAGUCUGUUUUCCUUGACAUUGGAUGCAUUAACCAAGAGGACGCUUCAGCGAAGACGCAGGGAAUUCUCAGCAUGGGUGGAAUCUUGAAGCAGUCCAGAACAAUGUUGGUGUUGUGGGAUGUGACCUGGGUACAACGGCUUUGGUGCAUUUUUGAAUUUGCGGCUUUCCUCAAAAGCCGUGGCUCCACGAUGGCAAAAACGCCGCUGAUCCGACCAAUCCUCUUUGGAGCCUGCGCACUGACGAUCUUUGGUUUUACCUGCAUGGUGAUGUUUGUGAUGAUCUUCCUGUUUUCCCUGGGUUUUAGAGCUGCCCUGUUGCCAUCGGUGGGAGCGAUAUUCUUCUUCAUUCUGUACCCUGCCGCCGUCACUUUCAGGGACUAUUUCUGGUCCAUGGAUACCUUAGCAGAGCAGUUGCGGAACUUUUGUAUCGCUAACUCGAAAUGUCAUUGUUGUUCUACGGGACACCCAGAUCGCAGCGUUCCGUGCGACCGUGAGAUAGUCCUGAGAUGUAUCCGAAGAUGGUUCGGCAGUGAAAAAACCUUCGAAGACACCGUGAGAGCUUUGCUCCCCUCGCUUUUCGCAGAACAACUGGGUCGCUUUGGUUUUCCCUAUUGGUUGCUCCUAGUAGCGACCUGCCCCAUGCUGUGGUCCUUGUUGGAUCUGACGGUUUCACAUUGGCUGCGCGGCGAUCACUUCUGGCAGUUCUGGCUGGGCGCUAGUGGUGGAUGGUGGCUGGGUGCCCAUCCCUUCGCUGCGGGCCUCUUCUUCUAUGGCGCCAAGGUGUUGCGGGCACCGGCACGCAGCAGAUUGCGGGACGUCUUGAAGAAUCUUUGCGUCAUUGCUUUGAACCUUCCGGUCUUGGUCUUGACCUUUGGUCUCAACGAGAUUCUGAUUAUCUUUCAGAUGCCGACAUACCUCACGGCCAUCAUUGCCGGCAGCAUCCAUAUUUCUCUUGCAGUUACUCUUUGGUUUUCACCAUUUGGCCUUCGCCAUAGGAGCUCAGGGACUCUCGAACAAGAGGCCCCAGCUGUUGCCACUGACGGGAUGGACGAGAGCGCGGGAAUUUAA